AUGCGCAGCGGCGGCGACCUCACACGUCAAGAGCUCUUCCGUUACAGAAAACAUAUUGGUGUCAACGUCGGCGCGUGGUUCGUUGGCGAACGCUGGAUCUCGGACGAACUCUUUGGAGCCUGCCCUGGUGCAGGUCCCGGACAGCGCAGCGAGCUGGCUUCUGUAUCUGCCCACGUCAAACGUUAUGGUUUCGAAGCGACACGUCUCCGGUGGGAGAAACAUUGGGACAGCUUCAUGGAUGCCCCCAUGGAAAUCCAGGAGAUGAAGGCUGCCGGCAUCAACGCUGUGCGUUUGCCCAUCGGCUGGUUCUCGCUCUCACGCCAGGAAUUGCUUCGCUCUACUUCCUUUGAGCGAUAUGGAGCUGUGUACGCCAACUGCUGGAGCCGUAUUCUCACCUUCAUCCAGCAAUGCUCCGAUGAAGGCGUCGGCGUUUUGGUCGACAUGCACUGUCUUCCCGGUGGAGCCAAUGCUGACGCACACUCUGGCACAGAUUCAAGCGAGGCAGGCCUCUUCUCGGAUGUGAAUGCUAGGCGCCAAGCACUCGAGUCCAUCAAGUUUGUUAUUCGUGAACUUGCUACGCGCACCAAUGUCAUCGGUAUCGAGGUGGCCAACGAGCCCACCUGGGGACAUUCCGACUGGCUCAAACCUUUCUACAUGGAGUGCCUUGCCUACGCCAAGAAUCUUGGCAACGGUGUCCCUCUCUAUAUUGGCGACUGCUGGAGCCCGCUUGAGUGGGCCACUUGGGCCGGUAAGUUGCCUUCAGACCUGUUCUGCGUGGUCGACCACCACUACUAUUACUGCUUUGACGACAAACGCAAGUCUCGCUCGCCACAGCAAAUCAUCGAAAGCAUUCAGAACUCGACAGAGCUGGAGCAAUGCAGUAUCGCUGCGCACGGCCAGGUCAUUGUGGGCGAGUUCUCCCUCACCCUGGAUGAGAGCUCCCUCAAGCAGGUCAAGAAGGCUGAUCGCCCUGCAUGGGAACGCGCCUUUGGCAACGCUCAGCUGCAGCAGUUCUUGCACCAUUCUGCGGGUGCUUUCUUCUGGACGUGGAAGUUCCAGGUGCGCAACGGUACCAACAACUGGGACCUUCGCGAUGUCUUGCAGAACGACUACCUGCCUUGCCCUGUUGCGCCGCAACUUGAUGCAUCUGCAACAAUCUGCGCAGCUGUUCAGCAGCGCAACAAGCUCAAGGCCGCAAAGACGCGUGAGCACACCGCUUUUUGGAGCACCCACGGCGAUGCAGAGCAAUACGAGCACUGGCGCUACGAACUCGGCUGGGACCGAGGUUACGCUGACUGCCUGCAGUUCGCAAGCGAAGGUGAUGGUCUUGUGUGCGCGUUCCAAGAACGUCUGGUCAUGCUUCGGCAGCGUGCACACAACCGCAAGCGCGGUGUCUCGGACUUCUCUUGGGAGUUUGAGCAUGGCUAUCGCGCUGCUUGGGCAUGUUUCCCUUACCACUUCAAAUGA